CAAGAAAACAGAGAUGCCAUUUUAAUGCUUUCAACAACAAGAAUCUACACGUCCGUAUUGUGCGGUAAACCAACAUUUGUGAACAGAACCACACCUGUGCUAAAGUCGUCCAGGAAUUCUCAAGCGUGGGGAAAAGCAGGAAGUGCAAAAACAACAUGUCUCAACAUGCAGAUAUUUUGUGUGAAGUAAGUCUUUAAAAAGUUUGAGGAAGGAAGCUCACUACCCUUAAAAUGAAUCUAAGUGAGGAUACAGAGGAGGAGAACCCUACAUCUGAUGCACAAUUCUCAGAUCAAACAGAAGGUUCUGGACCUGAUGUGUAUCAGAUGCCAAGAUCAGCUUCUCCGCAUCUGAGCAGUGUGUCCAUAAAGUCGGAGGAAUCGUUUGAGUUUCAUAGACCUCUUUUCAGUGAAGGAUCUAUGACCUCUGAACUCGGCAGGAGGAAGAGAAAGAGGGACACAUCUCCAGGACCUAGCUGGGUGUCUGUGAAGAGUGACGACUCUACGAAGUUCAAUCUUUCUGGAUUUAGUGAUGACUCUGACCCUUUUACUGGGGAGAUAAAUGAACCAAUUCCCUCAGUGAAAUACCGUCUGACUCACAACAAGAAGCAAAACACAGAAUCAGCCAAACAAAAGCUCAAACAGAUAGUGGAGCCUGAAUACCUUCAUCAGGAUUCUCACCAACCAGUAGAUGCUAUUUUUCAGAAAGUGAAAGACCUACACAAAAUGUUCAUGAAGAACAAGUAUGAGAGCUUAUUUGAGGGAAUCAGACUAGAGGAAAAUAAAACCCUCCUGAACAGCAUCUACACACAGCUGUACAUCAUCGAGGGAGAGAAUGAAGGAGUGAAUGAAGAACAUGAGGUGCUACAGAUGGAGAAAAACAAAACACAACCCUCACAAGACACUCCGAUCUACUGCAAUGACAUCUUUAAAGCCUCACCUGAACCAGGAUGUGAGGAGAAAGACAAAAUCAAGACUGUCCUUACUAUAGGCAUCGCUGGGAUUGGAAAAACCGUCUCUGUGCAGAAGUUCAUUCUGGACUGGGCCGAGGGAAGAGCCAAUCAGGAUGUAGAUUUCAUGUUUGUGCUUCCAUUUCGUGAAAUGAAUUUGAUUAAAGAUCAUCAGUACAGUCUUCACACACUUCUGCUGGACUUUCAUCCUGAACUUCAUAAUCUGGACUCAAAGAUUUAUGGGGAGGGUAAAUUGGUGUUCAUCUUUGAUGGUCUGGAUGAAAACAGGAUUCCACAGAUCUUUUCAAACACUCAUAAAGUUUCUGAUGUGACUGAGUCUUCAUCAGUGGAUGUGUUGAUGUCAAACCUCCUGAAAGGAGAUCUGCUUCCCUCUGCUCACAUCUGGAUCACCACCAGACCAGCAGCAGCCAAUCAGGUCCCCUCCAAAUACAUCAACCGUGUGACAGAAAUUCAGGGAUUCAAUGACCCUCAGAAGGAGGAAUAUUUCAGGAAGAGAAUCAGUGAUGAGCAUCAAGCCAGCAGAAUCAUCUCUCACAUCAGAAAAACAAGAAGCCUCCACAUCAUGUGCCACAUACCCGUCUUCUGCUGGAUCUCAUCCACUGUGCUUCAAAAGCUCCUGGAAGAUCUGAGUACAGAAAUCCCUCAAACUCUGACUGAAAUGUACAUCAACUUUCUGAUCAUUCAGAUCAACAUGAGGAAUCAGAAGUCUGAAGAGAGAGAUCCAGAGAAGCUCCUGCAGUCCAACAGAGAAGUGAUUUUGAAACUUGCUGAACUGGCUUUCAAACAGCUGAUUAAACACAAUGUGAUGUUCUAUGAGGAGGACCUGAUUGAGAGCGGCAUAGACGUCACUGACGCCUCGGUGUAUUCUGGGAUUUGCACUGAGAUCUUUAAGGAGGAAUCUGUGAUUCAUCAGAGGAAAGUUUACUGUUUCAUACAUCUGAGCUUUCAGGAGUUUCUGGCUGCUUUGUUUGUGUUUUACUUUUAUAUAAUAAAAAAUGAUAACACAUUACAUUAUUUGGAUCAAGUUCAUAAUCUGCAUAGGCACACAGUAGAUGACGCGCUUCAGUAUGAAAAUGGACACCUGGAUCUUUUCCUGCGAUUCCUGCUGGGCAUCUCACUGGAGUCUAAUCAGAGACUCUUACUGCAACUACUAUCACAUACAGAGAAAAGUUCAGAGAGCAUCAGGAAAACCUCACAGUACAUUAAAGACAUCAUCAAGGCUGAGAAAAAUCUCUCCACAGAAAGAUCUAUCAAUCUGUUUCUCUGUCUGCUGGAGAUGAAAGAUCGGACUCUGUACACAGAGAUUCAGGAGUUUAUGAAAUCAGACACACACUCGGAGAAGAAACUCACUCCUGCUCAAUGUUCAGCAAUCACCUGCAUGCUUCAGAUGUCAGAUGAGGUGCUGGAUGAGCUGGAUCUGAAGAAAUACAACACAUCAGAGGAUGGUAGAAGAAGACUGAUACCAGCAGUGAGCAACUUCAGAAAAGUUCGUCUUGCUGGCUGUAAUCUCAUAGGUCACAGCUAUGAAAUUGUGGUCUCAGCUCUACUGUCUUUAAACUCUCCUCUCAGAGAGCUUGACCUGAGUAACAAUGACCUGGAAGACACAGGAGUGAAGAUGCUUUCUGAUGCACUGAAGAGUCCAAACUGUAAUCUGGAGAUACUGCGAUUAUCUGGCUGUAUGGUAACAGAUGUCGGCUGUUGCUAUUUGGCUUCAUCUCUGAGUGCAGCUUCACGCCUGAAAGAGCUGGAUCUAAGCUACAAUCACCCAGGGGAUUCAGGAGUCAAGCUACUCUCCGAGAGACUCAAUGAUCCAAACUGUGCACUGGAAAAACUCAAGUAUGUUGGAUUUAAAUUUGUCAUGGUAUUUAUUAUUAAAAUGUUGCAUAUGCAUAUUUGUAAAAUAAUAAAAAUAAAACAUUACAUGGAACAUAAAACAACAUGAUAGCAAUCACUAAAUUACGUGGUCUAAAUGUA